AAUAAGUUUUCACAAUCUUGAAAUAAUUUUUGCAAUAUGUCUGUUGGAAGAAAGCUUCGAUUAUUCGACAAUCAUACCGAAUAUACGUGAACGUUUAGAGUAUUAACAUUCCACUAUGAGGUGUUGUCACAGAGACAUCGAUAAAAAUGGUCAGGGCCAUGUUGUUCUUAUCCCCGAGGAGCCAGAGGACAUGUGGCAUGCCUACAACCUAGUAGCAGUGUCAGAUACACUCAGGUCAACUACUAUUAGGAAGGUUCAGACUGAAUCAGCUACAGGAAGCACCAGCAGUAACAAAGUGCGCACAACACUGACGAUUAGUGUAGAAGCCAUAGACUUUGACACACAGGCCUGUGUACUCCGUGUGAAAGGAAGGAACAUACAAGAGAACCAGUAUGUCAAGAUGGGGGCAUACCAUACAUUGGAUCUGGAGAUGAACAGAAAGUUUACACUCGCCAAACAUGAGUGGGAUACUGUUGCCAUAGAACGUAUAGAUCAGGCUUGUGACCCUACCCAGCAUGCCGAUCUGGCUGCCGUUGUGAUGCAAGAGGGAUUGGCCCACGUGUGCCUGGUCACUUCAAGUAUGACUUUAGUCAGGGCAAAAAUAGAUGUAAAUAUACCUCGGAAGAGGAAAGGUCUUUGCAGUCAACAUGAUAAAGGUCUAACAAAGUUUUACGACCAAGUCAUCCAAGCCAUAAUGAGACAUGUUAACUUUGAUAUUGUGAAAUGUGUCAUCAUAGCAAGUCCAGGUUUUGUAAAGGACCAAUUUCAUGAAUACAUGUUUAACAUAGCACAGAAAAUGGACUAUAAACUCUUAAGUGAGAAUAAAUCUAAGUUUGUAUUGGUGCACUCUUCAUCCGGUUUCAAACACUCUUUAAAUGAAGUACUGGCAGACCCAGGGAUCACAGGGAAGUUGGCAGACACAAAGGCUGCAGGGGAAGUGAAGGCAUUGGAGAGCUUUUACACUAUGCUCCAGACUGAACCUGAUAGGGCAUUCUAUGGUGUGAAAGAUGUGGAGAGAGCCUGUGAACAGCAAGCUAUAGAAACUUUGCUCAUAACAGAUGAAUUGUUCAGAUCACAAGACAUAGCUGUUAGAAAGAGGUAUGUUAAACUGGUGGAUGCCUGUAAGGAUCAAGGGGUUGAAGUGAGGAUAUUCUCCAGUCUGCAUACAUCAGGGGAACAGCUUGGUCAGAUGACAGGGGUUGCUGCUAUAUUGAGGUUCCCAAUGCCAGAGGCUGAGAGUGAUGAUUCAUCCAGUGAUGAAGAAUAGACAAUCAGAAUAUCUAGGAAACAAAGACGAUUUCACAUCACUUUCUAGUAUGUUUUGAAAAUGGAGAUGGGCUGGCUAUUCACCAAUAGAGAACAGAGGCAUUGUCUAAUGCUAUUUUACAUGGAGAAAAUCGCAAUAUUUCGCAUUGGAUUAACAAACAACAUUUUACCCAAAUUAAAAUUUGAAAAAAGCAAUGGAUACAAUCUGAUACAUCAACUGUGGAUGUAAAUCAAAUUUCUACUAUUCAAGAAAACACAUGUAGUUACAAGCAUUGUGACAUUUAGUAUAAUGGAUAAAGAGGAAGACGAGUAAAUACCCAGUCAACAAUAUGGAGACAUUCAUCAUUAACAACAG